AGCAGCUAUAGAAACUCCAUUUUGUGGUGCUUAUAAAUUAAAGAUUUUGCAAAAUGAAUCCAUUUCCAAGUGCGCUCACAACAAGAGUUAUAGCUACCCCGGUAAAAGCAGCUGAAGGAGGUCGCCAGCCUCGGACACCAAAGACACCGAAGGACUCCACCAUCAAGGGAUGUGCGUGCAAGCGUACCUCGUGCAUUAAGAAUUACUGCGACUGCUAUCAGUCCAUGAAGAUUUGCCAUGAGUUUUGCAAAUGUGUUGAUUGCAAAAACUCGGUGGAGCGUCCGCUUGUUACCGACAAUCUGCCAAAGAACUCCAGACGGCAACGUGCUAGCGCAGUGGCUGCCAAAGCCGAGGCUGCCGCCCUGAAGGUUGGCCUAAAGCCGGCAUCUACAACGCCGUCCAAGGUCAUCGUACAGGGUAAAAGAAACCAGCCUGGCGAUCAGCCCAUCAUCCCAUUAGGAGUACGUAUUGUCCCGAAGCCCACGCCCAUGAAACUGCUGCCCGACAAACCACGUGGUAUGCCCCAAGAGCCGGUUUCAUUCCAAAUGCCACAGCCGCAACAUCAGUUGAAGCAGCUAACAAAUGAACCUCGUCAUCAUGUCGUUCCCAAGGUUCGACCUGAUCAGGACAGGUUGAUGAGCCAUAGCAUGCCUGAGAGCCAGGCAUGGUGUGGCUCUCCGCCUCAGUCUUCAGUUAUCGUCUCCUCGCCCAGUUGCUGCGAGGUAACGGAGGCAGAGAAGGAGAACACGGAAGAGAAGAAAAGCAAGGAAGCCAAUCUGUUCAUAAAGCCCGUCAAUGUGACACUGCUCGAGUGCAUGCUGAUCCAGGCCACAGAGGCGGAGCAGCUGGGAUUGAGUGAUAUCCAGGUGGGCCAACUGGUCCUCAACGAAUUCUUCAAGGGCUUGCAGAUCAUUUACGAUAACUCCUGUGGCAAGAUGGCGGAAUAGAAAUGUUUGGGAAAUGAUUGUAU